AUGGCGGGCGUGCUCGGCUGCGUCCGGUCAGGCCACCGGGUGGUCAGCGUGGAGUACGACGGCGGCGACAGUGAGCAGGCCAUGACCGCGUGGGAGGAGUGGGCCUGGAACGGCCUGGCUUUCGGCUCGGGCGCCGGUGAGUGGCAGCUGUCGGCAGUGACGCCACCGACGUGCCCGCGCGCCUGCUGCCUCGCCGGGGCGGCGGCCGGCCGGGCCUUGCCCGCCUGCCCCCAUCCACGGUCGGCGUUACCGGGGCGUUCCACACCCUGCGCGCUUGGUAGCGGUGGCCUCACGGAGCUGCUGCUCGUCAUCGAGGACUACGGCCGUGGCUCGGCGUCUGGGGCUCAGGGGCGGCGGAUGCGGUCCUCCGGUGGCCGGAUCCGGUCCCCUCUGCACUGGAUCUGUGCGUGUGGCGGCCGCGGCCCGUACACCUUCGUCAUGGCCGUUCUCCGCAGCAUGACGAGGGCGGCAGUGUGGCGGCAGACCGUGGCCCGUAGCAGGCUACGGCGGUUAGACCUCCUUGGCGGUGGCUAA